AUUGAUGAUGUGGCAGUUAGGGUUCGCUGGAAUAUCAGCUCCGGCCAAUCCAUCCUCCUCAAGCACUUAGCUCCGAUCAAUCCCGGUGCAAUUGUCACCCUAAUUUCGGACUUCGUCGGCCUUUUACUGCUCCCCGGUGGCUCUGCUUACUAUUCAUCCAAAUAUUUGUUGCAGUGAAUCUUUGGACAACAACAACUCAACAACUCAAUCUCUUCACCUUCAAACUCUUUCAAAAGUUCGAUCUUCGUCCUUGAAGGUGCCCUCUCUUCCUUCCUUACCUGUUUUUGUUACAUAUUUUGCUCGGAUUCAUGAAAGGUUCCGUAGUGACCAGAGCUGACUCUUGGACUGCUUUUGUUUGGCCUUGCUCUCGCUCGUAUGUGUGAUAUUAUGGUUGAACAAGACCUACUUAUAUUGUAAGGUGUCUGAAAAGCUACAAUUAGUGGUGACCUAAUCAGCAUUCUGAUUUACUUGUAACUAGUAAAUACAAAUAUUUGUUUUUGGGAGAGAAAAUAUGCCGUUUAAAGACCUAUUGACAGUACAUAGGGCUAAUCGGCAUGAAGUCCAAAGGUUGAUAUCUGGAAGAAAAAGUGCGCUUCAGGAAUCGGUCAAGCUUUCGGUUUCUCAGGGUAGAUUGUUAUUAGGUCAUUCGAAGCUUUUACAUUCUCUAUGUGCUGCCCAGGAAAAUCUAUAUACAGUUAAUCAAACGAAGAAUAUUUCAGUUGCUAGAUCAUUUUCUCGUGCCAUUUAUAUUCCAUCAGUGCCUGGGCCUGCAUUUCAUGUAUGUGACUAUCUUGGUCGCCUAAUAUCCUAUCCUACACAUCUUUCUUCUGGCAUUGAAUCUCAGAGGACACCAAUGGCUGCUUGCGGUUUCAGAUCAUCUUCUCUUUUUGAGUGCCCUUCAAGUAAGGUUUCCUCCAGCUACUUCCAUGAGUUCCAUCCUGGUAUAUCAGUGAAAACCCCACUUAUUUCUAACUGCUCUAAAGGAUUUGAGAAUUGUAGAAAAGUUAGCAUGGGUUUGAAGAAGAAAAAUCAGCCAAAUUCCUUUACCGUGUAUGGAUAUUUUGCAUAUGUAGUUGCAAAGAGAAGGGGCAAUGCUUUUCCACUUGAAGGAUUUGUAUUGAAUAGCUUCCAUAGAUUGCCGCAUGCAUGUUUUUCUACAGGAACUGCUCCUGAUGUGUCCCUUGAUAAAGUGUCUGCGGACCAAUUUGCAAAUUCAGCCGACUCUAAGGAGGAGAAGGUAUGGAUUGGAAGGAGCCUGAAGCUGAACUCCGGGUCAUGUUAUUUGCCCCAUCCUGACAAAGAAGAGACUGGAGGAGAGGAUGCUCAUUUCAUAUGUGGGGAUGAACAAGCAAUCGGUGUUGCUGAUGGUGUGGGUGGGUGGGCUGAGCUUGGGGUAGAUGCAGGGCAGUAUGCACGAGAGCUAAUGUCAAACUCGGUGUCAGCCAUUCUCGAGGAACCAAAGGGUUCCAUUGACCCUGCUAGGGUCUUGGAGAAAGCUCACAUGUCUACAAAAGCAAAAGGCUCUUCAACUGCUUGUAUAAUUGCCCUUACGGAUCAGGGUCUCCAUGCCAUCAAUUUAGGUGACAGUGGAUUCAUGGUGGUUAGAGACGGAUGCACGGUUUUCAGAUCUCCUUCUCAGCAGCAUGAUUUUAAUUUCACAUUUCAGUUGGAAAGCGGUAGUGAUGGAGAUCUGCCAAGCUCUGGACAGGUGUUCAAAGUUGGAGUGGCUCCAGGAGAUGUCAUAAUCACAGGGACAGAUGGGCUUUUUGACAACCUAUAUAACAGUGAUAUCACUUCAGUGGUGGUUCAUGGUGCAAGAGCAGGACUGGGGCCGCAGGUGAUUGCCCAGCAGAUUGCUGCUUUGGCACGGCAGCGAGCUCGGGAUCAGUACAGGCAGACACCCUUCUCUUCUGCAGCGCUAGACGCCGGAUUUCUUUACUAUGGUGGGAAGCUUGAUGACAUCACCGUCGUCGUUUCCUAUGUCACCACCACCACCAGAGACGAGAGUGAAAGUUCAUCUGCGCCGCCCUGCAAAUCUACUUAGUGUAUGUGUGAAUACAAUCUUUAGUAGUAUUUAUUAAGAUUGAACUUUAUCCCUUAGGAUCCUUCCUCUCUUAUAUAUCGUAUUCCCAGCUCCGAACGAUUUGAUGAGUUUUUUUUUUAUAUAUUCUCUUGAACUGAUUUGUUAGUGAUUAAACUAAAUGGAAGUGUGUUAAGACUCUUUAGUAUUACUCCAUUGCUAAAAUAACCUUCACUUUCAUGUCAGACAAUUGAUUUCUGUGUGUGUGUGUAUUUGUAUAGAUUUUAUUAGAUAUACAAAAGGAAUUAUGUAUUUGUAGGCAUAUCUAGUUAUCAACAUUCAAAAGAGAAUCAAUGAAUGCAUACCAAGAUU